GGGAAAGCAAAAAAUAUUAACAUACGCAUGCGCAUUAAGUUAUUUUGAUUUCCUCGCGCCAGGAAAAACAAAAAUAUGUCAAAUAUUCGCCUAUUGUUUUGACAGAUCAAAGUCCUAGAUAAAAAUCAGUGUCCUAUGAAUAGAUGAUAAUAUUAAUGUUUUAGUUUCUCCCUAAACAUUAUAAUGGUAAUUUUGUUAAAAAAUAAAUAAAAGGAUUGAAGCAUAUCCUGUUUCAUAAUGUAAACCUUACUCAUUGAGUGGUGGUGACAUUACAUGAGGUUCUUAAAUGCAAUAUGGAUCCAUUUAGCUAUCAUUACCAUUGAAUUGAAGCCUGGAACUUUGAACACCAAGAAAUCAUUGGUAUUAUCUAGGACAGGGGUCCUGAUUUCAACAUCAACAUGAGUCAUAAUGCACCUACCAGCGCUGAUGCCUGUCUGAGCAUCGUGCAUAGCCUCAUGUGCCACAGACAAGGUGGGGAGAGUGAAUCUUUUGCCAAGCGAGCAAUAGAAUCUCUUGUGAAGAAACUGAAGGAAAAGCGUGACGAGCUGGACAGUUUGAUCACGGCCAUUACAACCAGCGGUGCCCACCCAUCCAAGUGUGUUACAAUACAAAGGACAUUAGAUGGACGCUUGCAGGUUGCGGGUAGGAAGGGGUUCCCCCAUGUUAUUUAUGCGAGGAUUUGGAGAUGGCCGGACCUUCACAAGAACGAGCUAAAGCAUGUGAAAUUCUGUCAGUACGCAUUUGAUCUGAAACAAGACAGCGUCUGUGUGAACCCGUACCACUACGAGAGGGUUGUCUCUCCUGGAAUAGAUUUGUCCGGUCUUACCAUUCAGCAUGCAGCUCCACCAUCGAGACUCGUAAAGGAUGAGUAUGGCAAUGAUAUCGGAGGGACGUCUUCUGGCUUAGAAUCCGGUACGUCUCCCGCCGAAUUAUCUCAGACGGUUCAACACCCGCCCACCUCCUUUAAUCGAUUAUCGGGUAUAGGGGGUCCCUCAUCUGGAACUGUUGGCCCCUCGGGUCAAAUCUCCGACCCACGGGGGUCAGUAGGGGUUGUCAACCCCUUGACGUCGAUAAGCAUUGCGGCGAGUGGAAAUCGGUCGAGCACCAGUGCAAUGGGCCAUCCAAUGUCUCCACAGAAUUUUAUGCCAGGCACCCCAAACUCCCAGGCAUUGCCAAGCCCGUAUAACAGAGCCCCUUCUACCAGCUGGGACGGCAGUAACGCCUCGUUUACACAGAAACAUGAAAGUCAGCAACACUACUGGAACAGCCAGCCACUGUCGAGUCCAGACGCCCCGCUACCUCCUCUUACUAACCAACCACCCCCGGAGUUUUGGUGCACAAUCUCCUACUUCGAGUUAGAUCAGCAAGUUGGAGAAACAUUUAAAGUCCCAUACAGCUGUAGUACUGUCACAGUUGACGGUUAUACCGAUCCGUCGAGUCUCGACAGAUUUUGUCUUGGACAACUUUCAAAUGUCCAUAGAUCUGAAGCCAGUGAAAGAGCCAGGUUACAUAUAGGGAAGGGAGUACAGCUGGACUAUCGGGGCGAAGGUGAUGUUUGGAUCCGGUGUGUUAGCGACCACAGUGUGUUCGUACAGAGCUAUUACCUCGACAGAGAGGCAGGAAGAGCCCCUGGGGACGCUGUUCAUAAGAUAUACCCUAGCGCUUACAUCAAAGUAUUCGACAUUCGUCAGUGUCAUCGCCAAAUGCAACAACAGGCCGCUACAGCCCAGGCAGCGGCUGCGGCUCAAGCUGCGGCAGUCGCUGGAACCGUCCCCGGUCCAGCGUCCGUGGGUGGAAUAGCCCCGGCAGUUGGUAAUUUAAUGCUGAGUUCAGUAACUGGCUUAAGUGCGGCCGCAGGUAUCGGUGUGGAUGAUCUACGGCGACUCUGUAUUCUACGUCUCAGUUUUGUGAAGGGCUGGGGACCAGACUAUCCCAGACACAGUAUAAAAGAAACACCUUGCUGGAUCGAGGUGCAACUCCACAGACCUCUACAAUUGUUGGAUGAAGUUCUACAGGCCAUGCCUCUGAAUGAGUCUCGCGUUAACAGAGGCUACUUCUUGGGUUGAAACAGUUGCUAUACAGGCAUAUAUGUAGCGGGUUCAUUGGUGUUAAACUGAACCCAGAACAUUUGUACCUUUAAGGAUCUGCGACUUUAUAGUGAAUACCGUGGGAAUAGAGGAUACCUCUUGGGUUUAAACUUGACUCAACCUAAACAUAAGAAGUGUUCAUUACAAGUAUCAGUUAGCAUGGUAAACACUUUGUCUGAUUAAAACAUUCUUUAGAUAAAGCAAGAAAAAAUUAAGGAGAGUCUUACAAGCCAUGACAUUGAAUGAUUUACCUGUGAAAUGAGGCUUAUUCCUCUGACAGUUAAAACUGUGCGUCGUUACAGAGAUACAAUGUUAUAAUUCAGAAAAAAGGCUGGUCUUUUAGUGUUGCUACCAGAUAUAUUCUGUUUUUUCUUUUUAUUUCUCAUCAAAUCGCGCCCAGAACACUUCAGGCUAUGAUCGGGAUUUCAACUUGUUUUAUCAUACUGCGGACUGUAUAAAUAAUUGGAACUUUUCAGUGUUAUGAUUGGACGGUAUAAAUAACUGGCCUAUAGACAGAACGGAAUCACUGGGGCAUAUCUAAGGACAAGAAUAAUAUUGAAAACUACCCCUGAACAUCACUGAGCAUACCAUGUCUGGUAUUCGAUAUUGGUCUUAAUUGAAUCUAAGUACGAUGUAGCUAAUCGGAUUACUUGUUAAUAACUGACCAAUAGUGUGAAUGAAGUCAAUGAUGUAUGACCAUAAGAUUGACUUCAGUUAAAUAUUGAAAACCACACCUGAAGAAUACUUCCUCGUUGGAAACUGUUGCCACAUGGAUAAUUAAAUAACUAAGUGUGUUCUUUUUGUGUAAAAGGCCGUGCCUCUAAUUAAAUCCAGUGAGUUUAGUUUACCGUCUGGGUUUAAAUGUUGUAUAUUAUAUGAUACAAUUAAUCAAUAGUUCAGAACUUUGUUGAAGUUAACGAUGUUGUUAAAGUCAUUGGUGUUAACUUUUUUAACAUAUAAGAGCUUUGUUGAAUAUGUUUGAUGCUAAGGCCUAAAAAAAAAAUUGUUUGGUUAGGGUUACAUCCUUUUCAAAAAUAGGUAGGGUAGGUAGGCUUUUUUUUUUUUUUUAUUAGACUUUAUUUAAGAAUGUCAUUUUCAUCAUUGGAGAAUGGUGUUAAAGUUAUCGUCUAUAUUAGCAUUUAAGGUUUUAAACUACAUAUUGAAAAGCACCAAAAAAGAAAAAGAUUUUUUUUUUUUUUUUUUAGUUUUUCAUUUUUUUUUUCAAACUGACUAUAAAAACGAUAGGGUCGGCGCCUAUUCCGUAGGUAGGGUCGGGUAACCCGAACCAAAUGUUUUUUUUUUUUUUAGGCCUAAGCACAAGUGUACAAAUUUUGAAGAAAUAUGUACUGAUUAAUUAUAUUUAAAGUGGUUUUUUAUUGUACUUGCUAUGAGAUCUGUUAGAUAUCGUACAUGCAUUUAAAUCUAUUUCGGUAUUGUUAUUGUGUUGAAAUAUUUUUCUGUUUCGUACAUGCAUUUAAAAAGUAAACAAAUGCCAACCAGAUGGGAAGUUGUGUUCAGACAUUUUGUAAUGACAGAAAUAAAUCAAAAAUAAUUAAUUCAGGACAACAUUUUAUUUUUGCAUUACUAUGACCUAACUUUUCUCUAGGUGUAAUUCUUUGUCCAUUUUUUUGUUAAUAGCAUUUUAGAAAAUAUCUCAUGUGAUAAAGAUAAUUUUCAAUAACAAUAUAUUAAAAUACUUUUCUGAGGCCAAAGAAAAAGAGGUUUUGGUUCCGGUUACAUCCCUUUUCGAAAUAGGCUUUUAUUUAUUUUAUAUUUGGUAAGCCUCAUGUAAAAACAAAGGUGUUAAAGUUAUCUUCUUUAUAAAUUAUAUAUUAAAGCUGCACUCUUACAGACUGACCGAUUUGACAUUUUCAUUUCUUUGACUCAGCUGAUUUUGUCAUCAAUGUUUUCAAAACGACUCAGAAUCAGCUGAUUUUGGCAUCAAUGUUUUCAAAACGACUCAGAAUCAGCUGAUUUUGUCAUCAAUGUUUUCAAAACGACUCAGAAUCAGCUGAUUUUGGCAUCAAUGUUUUCAAAACGACUCAGAAUCAGCUGAUUUUGGCAUCAAUGUUUUCAAAACGACUCAGAAUCAGCUGAUUUUGGCAUCAAUGUUUUCAAAACGACUCAGAAUCAGCUGAUUUUGGCAUCAAUGUUUUCAAAACAGUCAUAUAGGAUAACACAAAAUAGAACAGUUCUCAAUUGUUUGGAAAAUUGUCGAAAUUUUCAUUUUUCUUAAAGCGUUAGUAACACUUUUAUCCAUAAAACAUUAAUAUGAGCGUAAAUAUCAAAAACUGUAAUCUGAUCUUUUAUCAGCAGUCUUAUAUCACUAGUUUUCAUAUAUUUACACAAAAUUUGUCUGAUUCCAAGACAAAAAAAAUAAAAAGUUGUCAAAACAGUCAAUCUGUUCAAGAGUGCAGCUUUAAAACACAAACUUAGAUUAUGAUUUGAUUUCUUUUACCAACACACUAUAGAAACAGUAGCGUUUUUCACAGGCAAGGUUAUGUAUGCUCGUAUUUGAGGGAAAUACAGGGUUUUAAUUGUACAUGUAUAAAUGAGUCAGGUUGUAUCAAACUUUUUGAAAACCAUGCCAACUCAGUAAAGACUCCAUGUGCUCUUUAACCAGCCCAACUGAGUUCAUAUCCGUGAUAAUGACAUCAAUCGCACAAUUCAUCACUUUCAUUUACACCAAUAGUUCAUUAGUUCUUUUUCACUUUUUCAGAAUUGUUUUAAGAAUUAAUUUCAUUUAAGAAAUCCUAACGAUAAUUCUUUCUCAACCAUUUUGUAAAUAGAACGACCCGACUGCCGCAAACAGUUCAUCAUAUGACGUUAUGAUAACGCGGGAAAGAUUUUAUCGUAAAAUUGAAACACUAAUAACAAUACGUGUACAUUCAAAGAAUCAUUUAUUAAACAAACAAUAACAAGAUAAACAAUUUUCAUUUAUAUUAAUGUACGAUUAUUUCAUGAUCGGAACCAGUUUUCUCUGACAAAUAAAUAGCUGUUUAGUGCUCGGAAUUGUCUGUGAGUCACAUAUAUUUGCCUCCUAGAGAGGAUAGGAAAGUAUAUGUUGUCUUUCUAAUUUAAAUAUAUAUAAAUGAUUGCUCUAAGUAAAUGUUUAUGUCUUUGAUAGACUUUGAACCAGUCUGUGGCUCUCUUUUUCGUAUUGUGAAACCAGUCUGAAUUUCUUGAAUUUAUGUGUUUAACUUGAUAAAUUAUUAAAUAUGUGUAAAUACUAUGAAUUGUUAUUGAAAUGUUCAAAAUUAACAUGUAUAUGAGGACAAAAAUCGUUGUUAUUACAAAUAAACGCUACACCAUAGAUUUAUAUACUAGCAUCUCUGUAAUUUUUUUAUACAAAACUGAACAGAAAGUUAGAAUUUUACAAAAUUGGUGUAACAAUGUUUCAAAAUUGCUAACAAGCAGGUUAAGUCUUAUUGUCAUCGCGUGUCAUGUGACAUAUUUUUAAAGUGAAUGGUUUAUUUAAAUAAAUGAUGGUUAAAGAUUUUCAGUAUGUACAAGUUUACAAAAAUAACUGGUUUGAUGCAGCACAGUCACUUUACCAUUUGUUUUAUGUAAGUACAUACAAAUAAUCUUUAGGCUUUUUUAGUGGUCUGCAUUAUAUUGUGUAAACAACCCACUUUCUGGGCCAGCCACUGUUUAUAUUAUGCUUCACCUGAUUUUAAUAAAAAAAACGCUGACUGCUGAUCUACUGUAAUAAAAGUAUUGGCAAGUUUGAGAUGUACUGCAUUCUCAUUUGACAAAAUAUAAUGUUGACCACGACAGAUAGUUUACGCUUCUAUUUAUAAAUAUUAUAUUUAGUGUGAUAAUUUAAGAAUUCACUGUUUAAAGUCAGAUUUAAUUCUACUUAACUAUGAUGUUGUUGUUUUUGGAUUUUAAGGAUUAAUUUCUAAAAUCAUAGUAUUUUAAGGAUGAAAUAUGCAAUUCUAGUGACAAUCCAAUUUGAGUUAUUGUUUAUUAAUCAUCUUGUUCUGUAAACAUAUUGAACUGCAUAUCAAUGUUGUAAUCAUGAUUAAAAAAUCACAUUGCUUCAUAGGCCUCCAUUAUGCCAAAUUCUAGCCAGCAUUAACUUGAUAUAUAGUCGUAGCUUUUGUGAAAUUGUCCAUUGUCUAAAAUGUACUUUUGUUAUCAAAAUUUUAGUUGAUUUAAUUGUUUUCAGAAAAAUAAUGUGAAAUUAUUUUUUGGGGUGGCAAAAAUGCUUAAAAACUUUCAUCUGUAACCCUGUGCUUCCAAAUCUGUUAAAUGUUAGAAUAACCUUUUAUGGUAACUGUUUUUGACGGAUGCCGAUUAUGCAUCGUUUACAUCGUUUAUUUCAUUAUUUUUUUUGAAAACACUGGGUAAUGUUGUAGUCCUGGUGUUGUUUCAUCCCCCCCCCCCCCCAAAAAAAGGUCUGAUUAAAAAAGUUACUAGAGCGCUUUUGGUUGUAAGAGUUGAUAUUCCAGUUUACUUCAAAUUUAAAGUCAGAAGAACCCUCAAAAGAGUUUCUAAAAAGCCAGUUUUUCUUUUAUGGCAGCGUGCUUUUGACCCCAAAAGUGCCCCAAGAACCCAUGGCCGAAAUGGUUUCAGCCCUCCAGCUGCCAGGUCAAUCACAUCCCUGAAAUUGUUAAACCUUGGCCAUUACUCAGAAACCAUUUCAAGAUAUUCUAAUGAAACUUGGUACACAUGUUGCCAGAGACAAUUCUCAUAUUUUAAGAAAGACGUCUAACUGGCUUUAAUAAUAAUACAGUCGAAACCCUUUGGCUCGAAUUCCCUGGGACCGGCCUAAUGAUUCAAGCCUCGCUAAUAUCGAGCCAAGCAGGAAUGCUUAUAAUGAGUACAACAAAACUGGUCUUAUCAUCCAGUACAGCCAACGAGGAAAUCUAGCGAAGUGAAGGGAUAUCGAUCAAACAGGUUUCGACUGUACUUAUAAUUAUUGAGUAAUGGCAUUUGUUUGACUGAAAAUACUAGAACAGAGGGCAGUGGCAAAAUCUCUCUGUGACACUCAUGUUCUUGUUAAAGCAUGAUUAUUAAAAAAAUUGGAAGUCCCUGUACAUUUUCCAGGUACAACACUUGUUUUCUGCUCUCUUUGUUGGUAGUUAUUAUUGUUAAAAUCAGGGCGGCUUGGCAUUAUGUCAAAAAGUUGCUUAACUAACUCCAAACACACGUUCUCAAACUAUGUGUAUGGCAUUUUUCCAGGAACGUCACUGUUUUUACGCCCUUUAUGUUAGUAGUUAUAACUGUUAGAAUUAGGAUGGCUUGGCAUCACGUCAAACAGUUGCUUAACACCAAAAAUACGUUCUCAAACCAUAUGUGUAUGGUGAUCUCUCAACAGGUGCUUAAUGUUUUUGCUUGUAAUAUGUAGUUCUCGGCCCAUAUUCAUAAAGUAGCUUAAGUCAUUUCCUCACAAAGUCGAAUUCCUAAAAUUUUCAUUGUCAAAUUAAAAGAAAUGUUAAAUUGUUUUUAACAUAAAAAAUUGUAGUUUUUUUUCAGUUGAUAUUGUGUUUCAAAAUUUACUAGUUUUAAGCUCUAAUGGCCUUGGCGAUGUCGUGGUGUCCGUCAUCCGUGCAUUCGUCUGUUAACAAUUGCUUGUGAACGUGACAAAGUUUUCAGUCAUGAUUGUAUCUGAAUCAAACUUAUACAGUAGUAAGAUAUCCAUGAGAGUUUUUCAGCCCUUGUAUGAUUGGAUUAAAGCCAAUGCAAAAUAAUUUUCUAAGGGAGACAACUUUGAACAGAGAGUUAUGAAUUAUUGUAGUGUUUGUCUCCCUUUUUAAACAUAUGGUACAAGCUCCGACCUGAAAACGACCAAAAGGGUCAUGUCAUGCCAUGCCUGUAGAGCAUAGGCCAUCAUGGGCCCCUUGUUAUAUCAAAUAAAAAUGUCGUAAUUUGAGAACUGACUUAAAAUGCUUUAUGAAUUCCGGUGCAGUUUGUCAGCUGAAUUUUUUGUGUUUAUAAAUUAAUUCUUGUAUGCUGUAAUAUUUUCCUGUCACUAUGUUGUAUAAGAAUCUGUUCAAACAAGCUGGUCUGUUUAUUAUACCAAAAUGAAUUAUAUAUAGUUUUUAAAAUGGUUAAUUCUCCACAAAAUGGGAUAAAAUUAUUGUUUUAAUGUAUCAAGUUUUGGUCUAUUCCCCGCAACUCCAUUUCAGGUAAAUUUUAGGACAAUCCUAAAUUUCAUUGUUUUUUUAUAAAAUAAAUAAGAUUUUACCUGAUCUUUCUCACCUUUUUUUUCCGUCAGUAUAUUUUUAUACUGGCACAUUUUCUAUCAUAACAUUCGGUUGUUCCAGGAUAUUGAUUUUUUUAAAUUUUCAAUGAUUUUUAUGCAUUACACUUCCAUUAAGAGUUGAUAUUGUUACUUCCUCUGACGUCAAUGUUCAUUUGUCGUGGAUCUUAUCUUUAUUCAGUUUAUUUGGUUAUAAUUAAAGACUUUUUGAUAUAUACGGUAAUUACUUCACAUCAUUGACUUAAUGUAGCUCACGUUUACAGGAAUACAUGAUAUAUCACACUGUUUAUGGGUUACGGGUGGCUGUUUCAAUAAUAAUAAUAGUCAAUUUUAGUCGUAAAUUGAAAUUCUGUUGUUGUCAUUUUUUCGUUAUUUAGCUAAAUAUCUGAGAGAAUUGAACAUAAGCGAAUUUCAAAAAUACGGUAAACACAAAAUUGAGGAAAUAGAACAUUUUUGUCCAUGAAAUUAAAUCUCAAUUACAUCUGCGUUGAAACGACCCCUAUAAAAUGUUGAAACAACCCCUGGUAAAUGUUGAAACGACCCUUGUUAAAUGUUGAAAAAAAAACACGACCCCUGGUAAAUGUUGAAACAACCCCUGUUAGAUGUAAAGUGGGAAAAACAAUUUAUUAUGUAAAUUGUAAUAAUAUUGACACAUAUCUCCUAUAAAAUACAGUAAUAUCACAAUUGCUUCCCCGGUGAAUAAAUGUGUUCAACAUGUACUGCUCAUAUAUGGACCCGGGUCAAGGUCACUGCAUAUGUCACAAUGAGGACAUUUGCACCAAGUCUUGAAUGGUCUACAAAUGUUAGUAAAUGUUACGUAAUUUCUUGUAAUAUUCAUUAUUUGACAGUGUGAUAGAUUUAUCCAUUUUAUUUUAUAGAUUUAUAGAGAUAUAGUGAAUUUAAACCAUUUUGAUGCAUGCCAGAAGAGAAGUGUGUUUUUGUUAAUUUCUUUUUUUGAAUUCUUUUGUUACAGAAAAUUGUAUAUAUUUAUUGAUAUGACCACACUUCAUAUAUGUGUUUGUUAAAAUAUUAUGUAUUGUAUUUUUUAGAUAAACAUUAAAUUAGUUGUUUUUUUGUAAUUACUUUGAAAACAAUUGUGCUAAGGUAUUUUUUGCUUCAUUUAAGAUGCUUUGUCAGUGAUUUUAAGCUAUCUUUUUUUAAGUAUGAGUUGAGGUAUUGUCAUAGUCUUCGCAUUGUUGUCAGCAUGCAAAAACUUUAACCGAAGCUUUCUUAAAAAAACAUAUGAGAUAUGUAUAAAUGAGAUACAUCACAUUUAUAGCUACCAGUGUCAGAUACAUGUACAUAAUUUUCUAUUGCAUAAUUAAUGAAUGUUUUGUGGAUUGAUUGUUACAGGGUUUGAAUUUAACUUUGAGGAGCACUCGCAAAAUUGUGCGAGUGCUUUUUGAGGCAACUCGCAAAAUGAAAAAUCAACUUGCAAUUUUAUCAUUUGCUUUAUUCCCUUAAUAUAAUUAUAUUGUCUAAUUAAAGUAGUUCUUAAUUUACACCUAAGACAUAUUAUGAAUAUUAAAAAGUAUCAAUCAUGAGUGACUCGACAACUAGAACUUGUUGAUGGCUUAUUCUUUUUGGGAGGUAUGGAAAGACUCAUCAGAUGCUGGCCGCAUUUUGAUAAUAAAGCUGUCCAAUUUGACAUUGUUCACUUUGUAUAUUUACCCUCGCCAUCGGGUAAUAUCCAUUCGGCAAGCAUGCUACAGAUUUCAUUAAGUCUAUAAGUAUUAAAAACAAUAACAUUAUAAAUUUAAAAUAAAUAAAAGCAACAGUAAAUGUAGCGUGGAUGCUUUGGACCAUGAAAUAUAUCGAUCGACGAAGUCUAUUAACUUUGACAGUUGGGCUAAAUUUAGCCAAUGAUUGAGCUAGGUGAUUACGUCAUUUUAAUUAACUUUGUUUUAUGCACGCCUCGGAGCAUCCCGGAAAGAUUCGUAAUAAAACUCGGCUUUUUAUUUGUUCUGGUUUUGAAAACUUACAAGAGCGUGACUCCGUACUGUCUUCUUUAUACUGGUUGUGUAAACAUGCCAUGCCACUUAUAGGCUGUUUACACUCAACUACGUAGCGGAGUUAAGUUCAUGUUUAUUCUACUUUCCUUUUAACAUUUUGUUGUCUAGAAAAAGCCACUCGCAGAAUUUUGCGAGCUUGAAUAAAAGUCACUCGCAAUUUUCAAAUGUCGCUCGCAUUUUGCGAGUAUGCGAGUCUAAAUUCGAACCCUGUGUUAAUCAAUGACUUUGAGCAUGGUCACAACACAUUUAUUGUCAAUAAUAACAUUUAAUUUCCUAACACCAAGCCACUGCACUGUGGCUGUAAUAAUUGUUGAGUUUUUAUUCGUAAAACAUCGGACGAGCGUUCGCACUCCCUUUGUGGUACUCUUGUUUCUUAGAAUUUUGAAAGGUGUUCAUACUAUUAAACUAAGUGCAAAUGUUGAAUGAAUUGAUUAUAAAGACAGAUUAUAAUUCUAAACUCAAGCCUUGACCAAAUACUAGUAAAGUUAUUGUGUAAUUGCACAAAUUCAUUUCAAAACCUUGGACAAAAAACAUUAGGCAAAACACAUUUGAAAAAAACACUGUUGAUGACUAGAGUAAGAAGACAUAUUACUGAAAUAAGAUUUAUCUCUAUACAUGCCACACGUUUCUGCUCAUAUUUUAUGGACAACUAUCAGUAAUGGAUACUUAAUUUAUUUGCUAUACAUGUAUUGCGUAUGUUUCAUAGUUUCAUGAAGCUUUAUAUACUGUAUUAUGAUGUGAACUCAUUUACUAUCACCCACCAUCGUACAUACAUUGUCAAUAAAAAAUGAAAAUCGAA